UUGUCGGUAACGUGACAGUUAAAUCGACUGGCGACGCCGUCCUCGGGCAGACCUUUCACCUUCUCUGUCGUGUCUCCGGCGACAGAAUCUACAGCGUCGACUGGUACCACAGACAGCUAUCUUCGGAAGAUAGCACGACUCUGGGUGAACUACUCGUGCCGACAGAGGGCGGCAAAUUCAACUCGACGGCGCUCGCGACUUCGACUACCACCGGCGAAUACCGUCUGAUUAUUUUCUCAUUUAGUGCGGAUUAUUAUGGCACGUAUACCUGUUCCAUUAACCGUGGGUUAGGCAUUGCUACAGUGCAAGUAAGCUCAGAUUUGGAAGAAACCACAGCCAGCGGCACCCUGGCACGAACAGCCAGCCCAGAGGGCCACACACCCACCGUUUCUUUCAAGCAACCUUGGGCAGAUGAUAUGCCGACGACGCCAGCGGAGAACAGACAGACGGGUACUCCAGAGAUGGUCCUAUUAACUGACACUUCGAAGGCGCCAAGUAACCGGGCAGCAGAGAUGACAAUGUCAUUGUCUCCCACGGGCAGGAUCACCGAGAGGUACACAGACAGCCUCAGGUUGACAUCUGACCCGACUACAGAGGAGAUUAGAGAUGGAGAGGUAACAACUGUUACCAUAGAAACGACAAUGCCUGCUUAUGAAAGCAGUUCCCGCCCACCUGACGAUAUUGAGACCCUAAAACCUAACAUAGCAGAACAGCCAGACGAUAAUGGUGACGACAAGGAAUUGGUGGAUAAACCUGAACAGAAAAAGAAAAGCAAACUGACUUGGCUGGUACCCGUCGGAGUUUGUCUCGUUCUACUCGGCAUUCCUGCAGCUUUCGUCUGUCAUUACAUUUGCAAGAAGGAUAAUUCAGUUCACGCGCUGGACCGCCUGAUGUUCAAGAACAAAGGAGUCGCCCUGCCCAAGCCCAAGCUCAUCAAGCCACGGUACCAAGGAGCCACGCCCAUGACCCCACCCAAAGCCACGCCCGUUUCUACACCCACUCAGCCGAUGAUUGGGAUGGUGGAGGUUCAUAAGGUCAGUGGCCCCGUAGACCUUGCUGAGUCAAUUGAAAAUAACAUGUAACUACAGUUUCUUUUCUUAAAACAUUAUUUCAUAAGAGUCGGUCCAUUGGUAAUUUUGAAUGUUCAUUGUCAUGAUAUUUAAGUGCAAACCGUUAGUGAUAUUAUUCCUGUUCAAUUUUUAAUGUUUCAAUGUUUCGCUUGAAGUCAACAGAAUGAUAGUGUAAAAAUUUCUUUAGCCAUAGAAAAAUUUGACUUACAUGUGUGUAUAUAUUUUGACUCUUGAAAACUAGUGUUAGAGCAUAGUCUACGGACUUAGUGACGUGUACUUUGGGGAUUUUACACCCCUCCCCCGCCAAACACACACCCCAAAACUGGGAAACAAAAAGCAGAGAAAUGGAGAACAGCCGCAUUCACUCCAAAAUUUAAGCUAAUUUUAGAGGAUGAGAUGCGUCGAACAUUAUUGUUCAUCCAAGUUCACACGUGCGUACAUGUACAUGUCUCGUUGUUGCACAACUGCGCAACUCGUAAAACACCUGUUGCGUCAACGAAUUGGGAGCUUUUGAAAUAAGCUUUUGGUUUUCCAGGACAGUUUGUAAUAGUUUGUUGAAAAACAUUUAAGUUUGAAAACUUCAUCCUAUUCUUAGAAUUUUGUUUCGAUUCAGUUUUAGUUCCUAAAUUAGCUUUUAAUGUCGGCAGUUGUGUCGAAAGAUAGCAGUUUGAUUUUGCAGUGUUAAAUGUUUAUUUUCAUCAUCUGAGGAAAUAGAAAGUGGAAUAGUAAUGACAUCAAACGGGA